AGAGGGAGCCGUGACCUCUCGGCGUGGGAAGCCGCGCGGCUAUGCUGCUGCUGGUCCGGGCCGGGGCGCGGGCCUGGCUCCGGCCCACGGGCUGCCGGGGCCUGAGCGCGCUGGCGGAAGAGGCGGUGAAGCCGGCGGAGGAGUCAGAGCCGGUAGUGAGCGCGGGUCCCCAGGAGCCCGUGCUGCGCAGAUGCGAGCUCCCGGUCCUCGCGCCCCGGCGCCCGGUGCAGGCCUGGGUCGAGUCCCUGCGGGGCUACGAGCAGGAGCGCGUGGGGCUGACCGAGCUGCACCCGGACGUGUUCGCCACGGCGCCCAGGCUGGAUAUCCUGCACCAGGUUGCCAUCUGGCAGAAGAACUUCAAGAGAAUUAGCUACGCCAAGACCAAGACCCGGGCCGAGGUGCGGGGUGGGGGCCGGAAGCCCUGGCCACAGAAGGGCAGUGGGCGCGCCAGGCAUGGAAGCAUCCGCUCUCCGAUCUGGCGAGGAGGUGGCGUCGCGCACGGCCCGCGGGGCCCCACCAGCUAUUUCUACAUGCUGCCCAUGAAGGUGCGCGUGCAGGGCCUCAAGGUGGCGCUGACCGUGAAGCUGGCGCAGGACCACCUGCACGUCGUGGACUCCCUCGAGCUGCCGACGGCAGACCCCCAGUACCUGACAGAGCUGGCCCGCUACCGCCGCUGGGGGGACUCCGUGCUCCUCGUGGACUUGGAACACGAGGACAUGCCUCCCAGCGUCGUGGCUGCCACCUCCGCGCUCAAGACCUUCAACCUGGUCCCAGCUGUCGGCCUGAACGUGCACAGCAUGCUGAAGCACCAGACCCUGGUCCUGACCCUGCGCACCGUCGCCUUCCUGGAGGCGAAGCUUCUCUGGCACGACUCGCGCUACACGCCCCUCUACCCCUUCCGCCUGCCCUACUGCGACUUCCCCUGAGCCCAGGACCUGGCCCGCCCUC